AUGAAGCCUACCGCAGUAUUUGAGGGUAUGGUCGCCGACAUGCGCAAACAAGCCCACCCCAUCAACUAUGAGCUGGUGGAGCGCAACACGCGAGCUGUACUUCGUGAACAGUCUUUCGAAGAAGGACAAGCCUCCAGAUCAGUUGAUGGCUUCCAGCCGAUCGCCGAAGACACGUUUCUUAUUGGAUGGCCAAUAAUUGGAGAGGAGUGCCCUUAUGCUAGCUUGGGAAUGGAGUGUGACCCUGUCUGUGUUUACUGCGAUACGCAACACGUCUGCAUGCAUUGCGCUUUAAAAUCACGUUCCGCAGAAGCAAGCAUCGACCCGCCUUGUCCACUCAGGAUCCCAGGCUGUGGGUGUUCCACCGGUGCGGGACCAUCCGUACUCGAGUAUUGCCGCAAUACUGGCGACCCAUUCAUGAGCGCCUAUGUGCAGGGCGCAGGAGAUAAAGAAGUUUUCGAGGAAGAGAUCGAGGAUGGAGAAUAUUCCGAGGAGGCCGGGGAGGAAGAUGUUAUCGAGGAGGAGACCGAGGAUGAUGGAUAUAUCGAGGACAGCGGAAAUGAAAUAUUGUUCAAAGAUAUCGGAGGCGAAGAACCUCUCGAUGACGAGAACGAAGGCGACGAGUUGGUUGAUGACGGAACCCUGGAUCUCUUUACUCCUCAGUCCCUUUGGCCACUGUCUCCAACGUUCUGGAAGGGGCUUGUACCUGGAUGGGAGCAGGGUCCUCCACCGCCUUCCCCUCCUCAAGUCGACUGCAAUGACUACUCAGACUAUUUGCGCGAGCCUCCAAUAAUUGAGCCCCAAAGUUCCGUAGCUGCUGGUCAACACGCACGUGGUGGAAGAGCCCAUUCUUCUGUGGAUGUCCUGCAGUAUCCGAUGGCUUGCAAUGGUUACUCUGCCUUCCUGCCUGUAUUUCCAGGACUCACCAAUCAAGAGUUCAAGGCGGCGAGCCAAAACGCACCUGCAGGGAAGGUCCCCCCUUUCAGUAAGCCUGUAGUAGAAGGGUCACGGCCUCAAGCGAGUCACAGACAAGAGGCUGGUCAUAACCACGCAGCUGUGGGAGAAACCCGACCGUCAAAGCAACCCGCGAGUAAGAAGGAUUCACGGGGCUGGGAAGAGCACGAAAAAGCGGUUGUGAAGACCCUUAUGGAAGAAGUCAUCUUGGAGGGUACAUACGCUCAAACAGAGGAGAGAUGGAAGGUGAUCUCGAGGCGACUGAGUAACCGCUAUUCUGUUGACCGGACAUGGACGGCGGUGAAGAAUUAUUGGAACCGUCACGGUCGGAGUGACACCAACAUCGACGAACGAAAGGUUAAGAAACCUGACCGAAUGAUCACGGGCGUGCAAGAUCCCGAGAGCAGGAGGAAGGCCAGGAACUUGAAGCGCAAAGAUGCAGAGCGUAACGAUGGCAACGACCUGGUGGAUCUGGAAGAUGAUGAUGACUACGAUUCGGCACCGUCAUCAAAGCGUCUGAAGUUGUAA